GUAUAAAAAGGUUAAGCCAACAAUCGUCAAGCAACAGAAAUCAACUGAAGUUUCUACCAUAAACAACAAUUAAAUAAAAUAAAUUUAAUCAAAAUGUUCAAAUUCGUUGCCAUUAUUGCCACCGUUUGCUUUGCUGCUGCCAGCGCUGGAUUAAUUGAGACUCACCAUGUUGUACAUGAGCCUGUUUUGGCCAAAGUAGGUGCUGUCGUCCACAGUGCACCAUCUGCUGUUUCUCAUCAAAGCAUCACUCAAGUACACAGCAAAACCAUUGUUGAACCCGUUCUUGCUCCCAUCGUAAAGACUACUGUUCAUGCUGCUCCAGUUGUACAUGCCGUUCAUGCUGCCCCAGUUGUACACUCCGUUCAUGCUGCUCCAGUAGUACACUCCGUUCAUGCUGCUCCAGUAGUACACUCAGUUCAUGCUGCUCCAGUUGUACAUGCCGUACAUGCUGCUCCAGUUGUUCAUGCCGUUCACGCUGCUCCUCUUGCUCUUUCCCUUCAUCAUUAAAUGUAAAAUGAAAGCAAAACUUUAAUUAGAUAAUUUAUGUGAUAGAAUUUAAUAAAAUGGCUAACAAU